UGGAAGAAGCUCAAGCUUGCGGCGGCGGGAACAUCUCGCAGACAUGACAAGGGUUACAUUCUGAGGCGUUAUAAAAUUGGUCCCAAGCUGGGUGAAGGAGGAUUUGGCUUGGUGACCGCAGGGACUCGCCGCAAGGAUAGACUUGAGGUUGCUGUGAAAUAUUCACUGAAGUCACCAAACAUGCCAUUUAUCAGAGUGCCCGGUCAUCCCAAACGCCUGACCAGGGAGAUUGGCCUGACACUUAUGGCCAAUAAGAGCCCCAGCUCCCCUCAAAUCAUUAAACUGCUGGACUGGCAGGAAUACACUGGCCACUACAUCAUGGUCAUGGAGCGGCCCUUGCCUUGCAUGGACUUGCUUAGUUUCAUGGAGCUCCACGGAGGAACCCUCAACGAGGGCACGGCACAACAUGUUAUGUGGCAGGUUGUUUGUGCCGCUAACGUGUGCUGUGAUAACGGUGUCUUCCAUCGGGACAUCAAACCGGAAAACCUCCUGGUGAAUCAAGACACCAUGGAGGUGAAACUAAUUGACUUUGGUUGUGGUGCUCUCAUGAAAGAAACAGCCUUCAAAGUUUUCUGCGGCACAAAAGAGUACUUUCCUCCAGAGUUCAAGCUCACUGGCAAAUACCAUGCCAAGCCGAUGACAGUGUGGUCCCUCGGGAUCCUGCUGUUUGAAAUGGUGUGCGGGGAUUUUCCCACAGCCAAGGACCUGUACAUGACCGCUGCCAACAUCUGGACAAAUCCAGGCCUGUCACAAGAAUGCUGCAGAUUGAUUUGUGAUUGUCUUCAGUCUGAGCCAAAGAAGAGACUCACUCUGGAGAUGAUGCAUCUCCAUGACUGGUUUAAGGUCAUGGAUUAAGACUUGGAGAGAACAUCAGAAAACAACAUCUGUCCCAGCCACCCUUGAUUUCUGUUCUCAGUCUACUUUCCAUCUGCCGGCUGACAUUAGUGGCCUCUCCAUCCCUCCACUCAGGCCUUAGCGUCUUGUUGUGCCACCAAGUCCUUGAUUUAAAGCAGUAUAUCUGGCAGUAUUGCUUGC